ACAAAAUGAAAUCUUCAUGAAAAAGUACAUGCAUGGCGCGCAGAUUGUAUCCACAGUGAUGACAACUCAACCUCAGCUGAGCCAGCAUGUGGAUCGCGUCUACAAUGACAGCCAAUCCAGUUUCUACUGUCUGGCAUUUCCAAAAGACAAAGACCGAGCACAUCUGUAUUGAUACUUUGCCCUCCUCAUUUUCUCUAUCCUAAGUUUUAAGCAUGCAAAGCCAACUCAGGCCUUGCUUCCAUCUCCUAUGUACGGGCGGGAAGGUAUUGAUUCAAUUAGACCCACAAUAUUUAUGACUCUUACGUGUACUCAGCUCUUGGGGUUGAAUGCGCCAUACGAAAAAAAAAAUAGAGAGGGGGUCUCCGCGGCAAGGAGCAAGAGAAUAGCAUGUGUGCAGACUUGAAGAAGUUUUAUGAUGAAGCCGAUAAGCUAGCAGAUGACGGGUUCAUUAAAAAGAGACUGGGCACGGCUAUCUCCCACCAGUCAGUUCCGAGUGAAGCUGAAAACCGUCCAAAUGUAGUAGCUACGGAAAAGUUCCUGGAAGAAGAUCUGGGCAAAUUCGGUGCGAAUGUAGAACCAUUCCGCAUGGGAAAGCAACAGAAAAAUAAACCAACAGACCCAGACCUCGAUCUGCCCCCAAUUCUUGUUGCGUGCAUUCGUAAUGACAAGAAAACCCUUCUCAUCUACGGCCACUAUGAUGUCCAGCCAGAGUUGACCGGUUGGUCGCUCGAACACCCGGCCUUUAAGCUGACCAAAGGCCAAGGCCUUAGUGGGGAGCAGCUAUAUGGACUGGGCUCUACUGAUGAUAAGGGACCGAUUUUGGGAUGGCUCAAUGUUAUUGAGGCCCACAAGAAGGCCGGAGUUGAAAUUCCUGUCAAUCUCAUCUUUUGCUUUGAAGGCAUGGAAGAAAGCUCUGUGGCUGAAGGUGUUAUUGCCGACAAUUUCUGGAUUACCACCAAACAUCCAUGUCUGACCUAUGGACUUCGAGGUAUCAACUACUUCAGAGUCACCAUCACGGGUUCCCCCAAGCAGCUCCAUAGCGGCAUCUACGGGGGUGCUAUUGUCGAGACCAUGACGGACCUUUUCAGUCUUUUUCCGAAAUUGGUUGAUAACAAGGGCAAAAUCCUGAUACCCGGAAUCAAUGACCAGGUAGAAGAGCUCACCGAGAAAGAGCAGGAACUGUACAAGAAAAUUCGUUUCGCGUUGAAAGAUUUCACCAACGCAAUUGGCGAUACAAGAGUGCCACUCUACGAGAACCCAACUGAUAUCAUUAUGCACCGAUGGAGAUAUCCGUCGCUCUCGAUCCACGGGAUCAAUGGCGCGGAUCCAAGCGACGACUCAGGCACAACAAUCCUGAACAAGGUGACAGGCGCGUUCUCCAUUAGAACCGUGCCAAGAAUGGAUAGUGACACUGUCAACAAGAAGGUGACAGACUAUCGCCAAGAGGAAUUCAAAAAACUGGGAAGCAAAUGUGAAAUAAGCAUAGAACUAUCACCUGAAACCACUUCAUACUGGUGGACGGAAACCGAGGACCCCAAUUUCGAAGCUGCUGCCAAAGCCACCAAGGCGGUUUACAAAACUAACCCAGACUACACUCGUGAGGGUGGAAGUAACGGUGUUGCGUUGUAUCUCCAAACAAUUCUAGGGGAAAAGAGACUUCUGUUGCUCUCCGUGGGUGCAUCGGAUGACGGACCUCAUGGGCCCAACGAGAAAAUCGACAGAAGAAACUACAUCGAGGGAACCAAGUUGUUUGGUGCCUACCGGCACUACUUCGCUGAUAAAACUUGA